CUUUAGACUCUCUCUCUCCUCUCUCUCUCUCUCUCUCUCUCUCUCUCUCGCUCGCUCAUGGCAGAUUCAGAAGUCUGAAAUAAAAACCUUGACUUCCUCCUCCAUAAAGACUCUCUCUCUUUCUCUCUCUCUCUCUCUCUCUCUCAUCGCCAUGGAUUCUCUUCUACUAUUCUUCUUGAUGUUCAUUCGGGUCGGGUUCAGCUCAGCAACAUCCGACCUCAGACUCCUCCUCUCCUUCAAAGAGUCCUUACCGGACCCCACCGUCCUUUCCACCUGGAACCCGACCCGAGACCCGUGCUCCUUCUCCGGCGUCACGUGCGCCCCUAACUCUGCCGUCACCUCCGUAGCUGUCGACAACGUCGCCCUCAACACCGACUUCAACUCCGUCUCGACCUCUCUCCUGCUCCUCCCCGAUCUCGAGUCCCUCUCGAUCCGAAGCGGUAACCUAACCGGAGGAAUCGUGGCCGCCCCUCGCUGCAGCGGUCAGCUCACCGCCCUCGACCUCUCAGCUAAUCUCCUCACCGGCUCCGACGUCAGCGCCCUCGCCGCCUCCUGCUCUGCUCUAACGUACCUCAAUCUCUCGUACAACUCCGUUGGCGAGGGCGGUCCCGUCACCGCCGGCGAGCUCAACCUUAAGCUCACCGCCCUCGAUCUCUCCUACAACAGGGUCUCCUCCGGCGAUCUCCGCUUGAUUUUAUCCAGCUCCGGCGGAAUCGGCAACCUCUCUCUCGCCGGGAACAAGAUCGCCGGAUACAUUCCGGCGAUAACCAACUGCUCCGGCCUCCGGCGCCUCGAUCUGUCAUUCAACGACUUCGCCGGCGAAAUUGCCGACGGGGUCUUUGGCGACUGCUAUGGCCUCGAGUUCUUGAAUCUCUCGUCGAAUCAUCUCUCCGGUAAAAUCCCGUUUGUUUCCUCUCUCAACUCUCUCUAUCUCUCCAACAACAAUUUCUCCGGCGAGCUGCCGAUCGAAACCCUAGCUUCUUCCCCUAAUCUCAAGAAUCUAGACCUCGCGUUCAACAAUAUAAGUGGUAGAUUGCUCAACUCUGUAUCAAAGUUAGCUUCUUUAGUGUUGCUUGAUCUCAGCUCUAACGGGCUAUCGGGUUCGAUCCCCGAUAAGCUCGGCCCGAGCUUGAAGGAGCUCUACUUGCAGAACAACAAGUUCACCGGGCCAGUUCCAGCUUCAAUCAGCAACUGCUCCAAUCUCGUAUCCCUCGACCUCAGCUUCAAUUACCUCACCGGCAAAAUCCCCGCCUCCCUCGGCGAGCUCUCACAGCUCCGGGAUUUGCUGAUGUGGCAGAAUCUUCUCGUUGGGGAGAUCCCGCGAGAGCUGUCGAAGAUCCGAGCCCUCGAGAAUUUGAUCCUUGACAACAAUGGGCUGACCGGAGAAAUCCCCGACGGACUUCAGAAUUGCAGUGAGCUGAAUUGGAUUUCUCUCUCGAGCAAUCACUUGACCGGUGAGAUUCCGUCGUGGAUUGGGAAGUUGAACAAUCUAGCAAUCCUCAAGCUCGGUAACAAUUCGUUCUAUGGCAGCAUCCCCGCUGAGCUCGGUGAUUCCAGGAGCUUGAUUUGGCUUGAUCUGAACAGUAAUAAGCUCAGCGGCAAAAUCCCCGGUGAGCUCGCCAAGCAAUCAGGCAACAUUGCGGCCGGUCUCGUCACCGGAAAGCGAUACGUAUACUUGAAGAACGAUGGGAGCAGCGAGUGUCGAGGUGCGGGGAAUCUUCUGGAAUUUGCCGGAAUCAAGCCGGAGGACCUGAACCGGUUACCGAGCCGGAGGACGUGCAAUUUCACUAGGGUUUAUAUGGGCAGCACUCAGUAUACCUUCAACAACAAUGGGUCGAUGAUAUUUCUUGAUCUUUCUUAUAAUGAGCUCAAUGGUCCGAUUCCGAAGGAACUGGGCAAAAUGUAUUAUCUUAUGAUACUCAAUCUCGGUCAUAAUCUUCUCUCCGGUGCUAUUCCGCCUGAUUUAGGCAGCUUGCGCUAUGUUGCGGUUCUUGAUCUGUCGCACAAUGAGCUCGAGGGUCCGAUCCCUGGAUCGUUCUCUCGUCUCAUGCUAUCGGAGAUUGAUCUAUCGAACAAUCAGCUCAACGGAACAAUACCUGAAUCGGGUUCUCUGGUGACAUUUCCCCGAGCAAGAUACGAGAACAAUUCAGGCCUCUGCGGGUUCCCCCUUCCUUCCUGCGACGAGCUUCAGCCAAAAGCACUCGACGAGCAUCAGAAAUUGCGCAGAGGGUCUCUCGCCGGAAGUGUAGCAAUGGGAUUGCUCUUAGCUUUCUUCUGCAUUUUCGCCCUCGUCAUCGUCGUGGUAGAGAGCAGGAAAAGAGAAAGGAGAAGGAUGAAGGAGAAUGAAAACAGCAACAAUCUCCGAGACAUCUAUAUAGACAACAGCAACUCAGACUCCGGCUACACCACGAACAAGAACUGGAAGCUGACAGGGACGAAAGAGGCAAUGAGCAUCAGCCUCGCCACAUUCGAAAAGCCCCUUCAGAAGCUAACAUUUCAAGAUCUCCUCGACGCCACCAAUGGCUUCCACGAUGAUAGCCUGAUUGGCUCUGGCGGAUUUGGCGACGUCUACAAAGCCCAACUCAAAGACACCAGCAUCGUCGCCAUCAAGAAACUGAUACACAUCAGUGGACAAGGCGACCGGGAGUUCACCGCGGAAAUGGAAACCAUCGGAAAAGUCAAGCACCGGAAUCUAGUUCCCUUGUUAGGCUACUGUAGAGUUGGUGACGAACGCUUGCUAGUCUAUGAGUACAUGAAGUACGGCAGCUUAGAAGAUGUUCUACAUGAUCGGAAAAAGUCCGGCAUGAAGCUGAAUUGGGCGGCGAGGAGAAAGAUUGCAGUGGGCGCAGCUCGAGGUCUUGCAUUUCUCCAUCAUAGCUGCAUUCCUCACAUAAUUCACCGAGACAUGAAGUCCAGCAAUGUGCUUCUUGACGAAAACCUGGAAGCUAGGGUUUCUGAUUUUGGAAUGGCAAGGAUGAUGAGCGCGAUGGACACGCAUCUGAGUGUGUCGACGCUCGCAGGCACGCCAGGCUACGUUCCGCCGGAGUACUACCAGAGCUUCCGAUGCACGACGAAAGGCGACGUUUACAGCUACGGCGUCGUGUUGCUGGAGUUGUUGACGGGGAAGCAGCCGACGGAUUCGCCGGAUUUUGGGGACAACAAUUUGGUAGGGUGGGUGAAGCAACAUUGUAAACUCAGAAUAAGGGAUGUUUUCGAUCCUCAGCUGUUGAAAGAGGAUCCUACGCUUGAGCUUGAGCUUUUGGAGCAUUUGAAGAUAGCCUGUGCUUGUUUGGAUGACCGGCCGAUGAGGCGGCCAACGAUGGUGAAGGUGAUGGCGAUGUUCAAGGAGAUCCAGGCGGGGAACAGUGGACUCGGCGACGACGGCAGCAUCAGCGGAUGGAGCUAUGGAGGUGUUGAUAUGAGCUUGAAGGAGGGAAAGAGGAUAAAGACUGAGGAGAAAAUUUUCGGGUAG